GUAAACCUGUGCUUGACUUUCAAUCUUUUCACUUUUGUCGGUUCCCGCUCGUUCUACCAGGACAAUGCCCUCAACAACUACCACAUAAAUCUCCUCAUUGAUAGUCUGGUUGCCAAAUGGACGUCCCUCAGCCUCAUUCUUUUUGCCAGAAUUCAUGUUCGAACCUAUGUAUUUCAACGUCGGCGAUGAAAUAUUUAAUCCUGGCUGGCUAUGAAGAAGUCGCGCCGCGUGGUAUUGGUGAUUUUUGUAAUCAGCAGGGUGCAGAAGAGCCUGCUGUCGUGGAUAAAUGUUCUUGGUCAAGACUUUAUCCUGUUCGAGGUAAAAGUAUAUGGUAGUGCAAGAAAGAU